AAGACUUCACUGGGUAUCAGUCUCCUUUGGGAGACCACAGGACACGUGUCACCUCUCCCAUCCUCUCAGCCUCCAGCCCAGACCUUGGCAGAGUUCCUUUUAGGAGUUAGCAAGUGGCUGAGGAGGCAAGAGGUGCCAGAGCCAAUCUACUAUCUGCUGGGGGAUGAUUGCCAGGGCCAGAGAUGAGGGCUCAAUACUUGAAGUGGGGUCUGGUAGCUGCCUGUAUAGUUACGUUAUGGCUGAUGAUGAUGAACUUCCUGGACCAGGAGUUCAAACAGAAUGACUUCCCUAAAAAGACAAGAAUACAAUUAUGCCACUGCCCCAGGAACUCUUUCAGAAAGUGUAGGUGUUCGUUUGAGAUCCGCAAGUGCUCUGCCUGCCUCCGCGUACGUGGAACGUCUGUCUGGUUUGAUGAACGCUUCGAAACGGCUAUUGAGCCUGUGCAGAGACCAGAAGAUCCCAUAUCCUCUGAUGCUCUGAUAUUGUGGUUGGGUGUCCAAUCAAAGAGGGAGUUUGAGACUCAGAAGCCAAUAGAAGAGCCUCCUGGGCAACCACUGGGCUACAUGGAGUCCAGUUGUCGGACCUGUGCAGUGGUUGGAAACUCAAGGUGCCUACGGGGCUCUGGCCAUGGAUUCAGGAUUAACCAAAAUGACAUGGUCCUCAGGAUGAACCAGGCCCCCGUCCAAGGAUUUGAGAUGGAUGUGGGGAACACAACCACCAUGCGCAUAAUGUACCCCGAUAUGGCUAGCACGCAGAAUCCUGGCACCAAAUUGCUGCUGCUUCCUCUGAAUUCAUCUGGUCUAAAGUGGUUUAUGGAAGUACUACAGGAACAGAGCUUCAGAAAGCCCAUAAACCCUGGAUUUCAGAUAGUCCAGUUUCCUGGUGGAAGUAACACGAGCAAAGACGAGGUCUUGGUGAUCAGCCUCACCUUUCUUCAGUACAUCCAGGAUCAUUGGCUGCGAAAACGUCAUCGUUUUCCAUCCUUGGGGUUUGUGGGUCUGUUAUAUGCCCUGCACACUUGUGACCAGGUAUCCUUAUUUGGUUUUGGGACAGAUCAGCUCAUGAGGUGGUCCCAUUACUGGGAUGAUAAAUAUCGGUUCGAGAGUAACAUGCACAGUUUCAAAGAAGAGCAGAAGCUCAUCCUCCAGCUGCAAUGUGAGGGGAAGAUUGUUAUCUACAGCUGACAUGUUUCUGUCCUGUUCAGCCCACUGGAGGCCCCAGGAGGCUGACAGGUAGUCAAGGGGACCACAGAGUGUCAGAGAGGGACUGGGGCUUCAAGUGGACCCUGGAUAUAGAUCAGUCUGCUGCUAAAUAAAACUACAGCUUAUUUCUCCCA